AUGUCAAUCCACAACAAGAUCCAGCAGGCAGCGCAGAGGAAUGAGGAGCUCCUUCGGGGCCUCGAGGACACAGAUUCGGCGCCCUCACAGCUCAAGCAGCAGAACGCCUACAUCGCUGAUCUCGACGCGCAAAUCAACAACAUCAGGAAGCGCGUCACCGACCUUAAACAGAAAACAGCCAGCGAGCUGAAAGACCACGAAAAGUACCGCGACUCGCACUUCCGCCGCUUCGCCCACAAGGCCAGCGGAAAGAAGGAGAAGUUCGCCGAGAAAGCCGCCAAAGAAGAAAAAGAGUACUUCGACGCAAUCCAAGAGCAAAAGAGCGCCGAAGACGAACUCGCCUACGCAAAACAACUCCGUGCCGAAGCCGAAACACGCAAGAACGAAAUCGCAUCGCAAGCCCAACGCCACACGGCGCUCCAAGCGGACCUCGACGCGCUCUACAACUCCAUCUUCGCAGGCCACACGCCCGAAUUCCCCGACGAAGACCGCAAAGAAGAUGCCUGCAACGCCGCGCACGCCCACGUCCAAGACCUGACCCAACGCCUCGAGCGCGAGCGCCACAUCCUCUUCCUCCUCGGGCAGACUUCCGUCAAGCUGUCUGCCGCCCGCGAACACCUCGACGGCGCAUACGGCAUGUCGCAAUACGACAUGUUCGGCGGCGGCACAAUGGCCAGCAUGCAGAAGCGGAACUACCUCGAGCGCGCCGAGAGCUCCAUCCAACAAGUGCGCAUGCUGCAGCAGCAGGUCAAGCAGGUUGCGCCUGAGAUACCGGGGCUGGGUCAACUCAACAUCGCCAUGGGUAGCAUAUGGAGCGACGUCGUGUUUGAUAACAUCUUUUCCGACAUGCAAAUGCACGAUCAGGUCAAGCAGUCUAUUGCGCAGGUCGACCGCGCGGGGAACAAGUGCGGGGAGAUUAUCCGACAGCGUGAGGCGCAGGAGAAGGGUCUGCAGGGCGAAGUCGAUCAGGCAAAGGCGAAGCUACAGCAUGCGCGGUUGCAACUGCAGCAGGCGCGUGAAGAGGCGUUUAGGAGGGUGCUGGGCGGACAGCAGCAGAAUGUGGGUGCGGGAGGUUUUGCACCGCCCGCUGGUGAGGCGCCGCCGCCGGAAUACACAGCACCGGCGGGUCCUCCUCCUGGGUACUCGGCUUGA